UGCUUGAUGAAUGUGAGAGCUGGAGUGUGUAUAAUAGUCAUAAUAGAGGUUUGGAUGGUGCUUCAGAGUAGGGACUGUGCUGUAGUGUAGUGUAGUGUAGUGUUGAAGUGGCAGCAGAGAGGAGACAGCUGCUGUCUGAGGCUGCGGCUCAUCCUGUCCUACAUCUCGCCUUAGGAUGAUCGCUGCGGCGUUUUUGGUGCUGCUCAGGCCCUACAGUAUUCAAUGUGCGCUGCUUUUACUGCUGCUUUUGCUCGGGACCAUUGCAACAAUUUUGUUUUUCUGCUGCUGGCACCGCAGGCUGCGUAAUGGAAAGCAUCCAAUGAAAUCCGUGCUCUCCGGACGCUCCAGGAGCCGCAUUGGCCUGCGAACGCACCAUUUUCGAUCAGAGGGUUUCAGGCACAGCCCACGACACGCAAGAAGGAGCAUACAUGCUCGGGUGACGGAGGACAAACACAAACUGGUCGAGCUUCCUGAAAGUGAACCAGAUACACCCUCCAAUCUAAGGAAACGCAAAGUGAAGAAGAGAGUCCUGCCAGAAUUUUACCAGUCUGUACAAGUCACGCCCACACGCAAACCCCAGAGCUCCAGCUCGGGGAAUCCUUCCCUGCACUGCUCCAUGUCUUCAUCGGCGGAUUUCUCAGACGACGAUGACUACAGCAUCAAAUCCGGCUCGGCAUCACCGGCUCCCGGGGACACUUUACCAUGGAACCUGCCCAGACACGAGCGAUCCAAGAGGAAGAUCCAGGGAGGAUCUGUGCUCGACCCGGCGGAGAGGGCAGUGCUCCGGAUCGCAGAUGAAAGAGACAGAGUGCAGAAGAAGACAUUUACAAAAUGGAUUAACCAACAUCUGGUGAAGGUACGGAAGCAUAUAAACGACCUGUAUGAAGAUUUGCGAGAUGGACAUAACCUGAUCUCACUGCUGGAGGUUUUGUCUGGAGACAAAUUGCCAAGGGAGCGUGAUUUUCUGAAGACAUUGCGGUUGGUGAGUGGGACAGACGCAUGUGCAGUUGAGCAGCAUGGCGACACGGUGGAUGAUGAUGAUAAGGGGCCUCGGGAAAGGGGGAGGAUGCGCUUCCACAGACUCCAGAAUGUACAAAUAGCACUGGAUUAUUUAAAGAGGCGGCAGGUCAAACUUGUAAAUAUCAGGAACGAUGACAUCACAGAUGGGAACCCAAAACUGACCCUGGGACUGAUCUGGACCAUAAUUCUGCACUUUCAGAUCUCGGAGAUCCAUGUGACUGGAGAGUCCGAGGACAUGACGGCCAAGGAGAGGCUGCUGCUCUGGUCCAAGCAGAUGACAGACGGCUACGUAGGCGUACGAUGUGACAACUUCACGACCUCGUGGAGAGACGGGAGGCUGUUUAACGCUAUCAUUCAUAAAUACAGGCCAGACCUGAUUGACAUGAGUCGCGUAUCGACACAAACCAACCGCUCAAAUUUAGAGAAUGCAUUUUGUGUCGCGGAACAACUGGGAGUGGCCAGAUUGCUGGACCCUGAGGACGUAGAUGUUCAGUGUCCUGAUGAAAAGUCGGUCAUCACGUACGUCUCAACACUGUACGACUCCUUCCCCAAAGUACCUGAUGGCGUCGAUGGAAUCAGCCCUAAUGAUGUGGAUAUCAAAUGGGUGGAGUACCAGAACAUGAUCAAAUACCUCAGCCAGUGGAUCAAACACAAUGUGGCCAUGAUGUCAGAUAGAUCAUUCCCCAACAAUCCUGUGGAACUCAAGGCACUUUAUACACAGUAUCUGCAGUUUAAAGAAAAUGAAAUCCCACUGAAAGAGAACGAGAAGACAAAGAUCCAAAAUCUCUACAAAAUGCUCGAGGUGUGGAUCGAGUUUGGACGUAUUCACUUACCCCCGGGUCAUCAUCCCAAUGAUGUGGAGAAGGAAUGGGGUAAACUGAUUGUUGCCAUGCUGGAAAGGGAGAAGUGCCUGAGGCCUGAGGUGGAAAGGCUUGAGAUGUUGCAGCAAAUCGCCAACAGGGUUCAGCGAGACUGCGUUAAUGGAGACGACAAGCUGGCAUUGGCACGGAUAGCCCUACAGUCUGAUGCAAAACGUCUUGAGUCUGGAAUUCAGUUUCUACACGAGGCUGAGAUCGCUGGUUACUUGUUAGAGUGUGAAAACAUCCUCAGACAACAAGUGAUGGACAUCCAACUUCUCCUGGAUGGAAAAUUCCCCUUUGCAGAUCAACUCGUCCAAAGGGUUUCAAAACUUCGGGAUGACCUGCUAAGUCUGCGAGCUGAGUGUUCCUCUGUGUACAGCAAAGGCCGAACACUGACAACAGAACAAACCAAAAUGAUGAUCUCAGGCAUUACACAAAGCCUGAACUCCGGCUUCUCCCAGAACUUUGGCACAAACCUGACACCGGUCCUCACUCCCGCAAUCACCCCAGGAGGUCUGAGUACUCCUGGGUCCACAUUCACCUCCAGCCUUACACCAUCCUUGACCCCUGGCCUGCAGCCGUCUUCAGUCCAGAGCUACAUGGGUAGUGGGGGUGUCAUGGACCCUGGCAGCCUCAGGCAGUUGAAACACAUGCAGAUCCGCAAGCCCUUACAGAAAUCCUCACUGGCAGACUCCAACAUGACAGAAGAGGAGGUCAACAUGAAAUAUGUUCAGGACCUCCUGGUCUGGGUGGAAGAGAUGCAAGUGCAGCUGGACCGUUCUGAGUGGGGAUCUGAUUUACCGAGUGUGGAAACACAUUUAGAAACUCACAAAAGUGUCCAACGAGCCAUUGAAGAAUUUCAAAUUAGUCUUAAAGAUGCCAGACUGAGUGAAAUUCAGAUGACCAUUCCUCUGAAACUGACGUAUUCAGACAAACUGAACCAACUAGAAAAACAGUAUGAAAGACUAUUGAGCUGUUCAAGAGAGCGACAAAGCAACCUGGAGAGCCUGUACGACUUCGUGUCACAUGCCACUCAGGAGCUCAUCUGGCUGAAUGAGAAGGAGGAAGAAGAGGUCGCCUUUGAUUGGAGUGAUCGCAACAGCAGCGUCUCCAAGAAAAGAGACUACCAUGCUGAGCUGAUGAUGGAGCUGGAGGAAAAGGAGGAAGUGAUCAAGUCGGUACAGGAUAAGGCAGAACGCCUCAUGUUCAAGAACCACCCGGCCAAGAUAACUAUAGAAGCGUACAGAGCUGCCAUGCAGACACAGUGGAGCUGGAUUUUACAACUGUGCUCAUGUGUAGAACAGCAUCUGAAGGAGAAUGCUGUUUAUUUUGAGUUUUUUAGCGACGCCAAAGAGUCCAUGGACUACCUUAGGAACCUGCAGGAGUCCAUUCAAAGGAAAUACAGCUGUGAUCGAUCAAGCAGCCUACACAGACUGGAGGACCUAAUUCAGGAGUCCAUGGAUGAGAAAGAGCAGCUCCUUCAGUACCGCAGCACUGUAGCUGGUUUAGUGGGCAGGGCUAAAAAUAUUGUGCAGCUCAGACCCAGGAACCCCGAAAGCCUCGUGAGAUCCUCCCUCCCCGUAAAAGCCAUCUGUGAUUAUCGUCAAAUAGAGAUCACCAUUUACAAAGAUGAUGAGUGCAUAUUGGCCAAUAACUCUCACCGAGCCAAGUGGAAAGUCAUCAACCCUGCGGGGAAUGAGGCCAUGGUGCCGUCUGUGUGUUUCACUGUGCCGCCCCCCAACAAAGAGGCUGUUGAGAAGGCAACAAGAACGGAGCAGUUAUACCAGAAUGUCCUGGCCCUGUGGCACCACUCACACAUCAACAUGAAGAGUGUGGUCUCUUGGCAUUACCUAAUGGCUGACAUACGAGCCAUCCGCAACUGGAAUGUGGCCUCAAUAAAGACCAUGUUACCUGGUGAGCAUCAGCAGGUCUUGAGCAACCUGCAGUCCCACUUCGAUGAAUUCCUAGAUGACAGCAAGGAGUCUGAGGUGUUCACGUUGGCGGACCGCACCCAGCUGGAGAGAGACGUCGCGGCCUGCAAGGAAUACUACCAGGAACUGCUGAGAUCUGCAGAGAGAGAGGAACAUGAGGAAUUGGUGUACAAUAAUUACAUCUCCGAAAUACGCAACUUCCGCAUGCAUCUGGAGGCCCACGAAGAACAUCUGAUCAGGCAAAUCCGCACACCGCUGGAGAGGGACGACCUGGAGCAGAGUCUCCAGCGCAUCACAGAGCACGGGAGGAAGACCGCAGAGCUGAACAAACUGAAGGAGGAUCUUGAUGUCAUGAAGGAGAAGUGUGAGCUGUUCCUCAGACAAGCCGCAGUUUCCCCGUCUGUACCGACGCUUUCUUCUGAACUCACGGUCCUUAUUCAGAGCAUGAGCCAAGUGUACUCCAUGUCAUCCAUUUAUAUGGACAAACUGAAAACCGUGAGCUUAGUGGUGAAGCACAGCCAGAGUGCAGAGGCGCUGGUCAAGUUUUAUGAAUCCAAACUGUAUGUGGAAGACGCCAUGAACUCGGAUGUCAAAUCCAUUGAGACUGUCAUUUCAACUCUGAAGCAAUGGCGGACAGAGAUUGAUGAGAAACAAGAGGUGUUCCAUGACAUGGAGGAUGAGCUCAAGAGAGCUCGACUAAUCAGCGACCGCAUGUUCAAGGCCCACAACGAGCGCGACUUCGACCUCGACUGGCACAAGGAAAAAGCUGAUCAGCUGAGCGAACGGUGGCAGAACAUUCACUCCCAGAUUGACAGCAGGCUUCGGGACCUGGAUGGUAUCAACAAGUCUCUGAAGAACUAUAGAGACACUUACAGUUGUCUCGAUGAAUGGGUUAGAGAAAUGGAAGCAGCACAGCUCAAGGCCCAAGAAAACAAACCUGAAGACAGCAAGGCACUGGCUGAGCUGUUAAACAAACAGAAGGUCCUUGUCGCUGAAAUUGAACAAAAACAGAGCAGAAUUGAUGAAUGUCAGAAAUACUCGGAGCAGUACUCUUCUGCCAUUAAGGAUUAUGAACUUCAGCUGAUGACCUUCAGUGCAAUGGUUGACUCCCAACACAAAUCUCCACUGAAGAAACGGAGGAUGCAGAGCUCUUCUGAUGCCAUUCAGCAGGAGUUCAUGGAUCUCCGAACCCGCUACACUGCUCUUGUUACUCUAAUGACUCAGUAUGUGAAGUUUGCCAGCGAAACACUGAAGAGGACUGAAGACGAAGAGAGAUCUGUUGAUGAGGAGAAGAGAGAGCACGGUGAUAAAGUUAGCAAACUAUUGCACUGGACCAAACAGACCCUGAACACUGAUGGUAAUGCUGUGAAAGAUAGCAAUGCCAACACAGAUGCUUCUAAUAAACCCCAGGUGUCAGUUGAGGAAAUGGUCACUAAGAAGGAACAAAUAGCAGAAGCCCUGAGGACCACACAAAUGAUGCUUAACAAACACAGUGACAGAAUGACAGAGGAGGAAAGAGAGAAGGCCCAGGAGCAGCUGAAGUCACUCAACCAGGCGUUCAGUGAACUCUCCCAACAGUGUUUGGAUCAGACAACCUCUGCAGAAGAGGUUUUCAAUCCCAGUGAUGAGACUGGUUGGCUUUGGACUGGAACCAAUAGUUCCCUGACUGAUGAUAUAACAGAGGCCCAACUCAUGAUCUGUGAUGAUUCCAUACAUGAUCACAUAUACAAGUUCACGCUGGAUGACUUCUCAGAGAUGAGUGAUGCAAAUAGGUGCAUACAGACUUCAUACUUUUCCUCUGUCUCCCUCUCUGAUGUAGCGGCAGCUAGGAAAGGGCCCAAUUGUGAAGACCUGGUUGUCAAGGUGAUAGAGAUCAAACAAAUCUGUGAUGAAAUGGAGGUGUGUUAUACAGGCGACACACUUACCCUGGACAGGGCGUUUCAUUCGGGUUUAAUACCUGCUUCUGUCUAUAUAGAGAUUCUACAUAGACAACAGACCUGUCAGGAUAUGAUGGAUCCUAAAUGUGCUGGAAAUGUGCCACCCCUAGAGCCUGAGGAAGAGUUUGGACCUUGUAAGAUCAAUAGGCUGAUAUUAAAGUGUCUCAGCAGAAAUGAAUCACCAGCAACAGGGAGAAAUAUUAACACUCUUAGGUCUAUUUUUCCUAGUUUAAGUGAUCAAGAGGUCAUGUCAAGGCUGCUGGAUGCUCAGUUAGGUGUUGGUGAUCCCAAAGAAGGUCAAAAUGUAACAGCUGAGAAGUCAGAGGAUGCUAGGAACCUCCAGAAUGGUGACAAGCUAAAGGUGGAUGCAGCCGUGCAGUGUGAUUUGCUCAGCUCUAGUAGCACACUCGUUGUACUUGGAAAUCAGCAGCAGUUUAUGGGACUUGUGUUGCCUCACUCUGGUGGAAUUCAAACUUUUUCCACCUCAUUUCAUUACCAUGAACAAAACACCACUGAUUAUACAAGCAGUGUGUUCGGUAAUUGGCAAAAGAUAGUGGCUUUUUACAUUCCAGAAACUUCAGAGAUACUAGACAUCACCUCAGCCAUUGAGAAUGGUUUGACUGACAGCUACACAGCAGAUGUUUUAAAAGCUAUAGAAAUUCCUGAUGUGUUCCCUGAUCUUGAUCAACUCCAUGAACACUUUUCUUCUUGGCUCAUGUAUAAAAAUCUAAGAGUUACUGGGUCCUAUCAAGAUGCAGAAAGUAUAAAAGUUGACAACAUCCCUAGUCCCACAGAAGCAAGGCAGUUAUUCAUCUCCUACCUAAUGAUGAACAGUUUCAUUGAUCUACAGUCAGGACAGAGGGUCGUAAUACUCGAUAAACAGCUGAGUAAAAUGAUAAACAUCUUCCUUGAAGAUGUGAUAUUUUCAAACACCAUCGAGAAUAAUGUAAGUUCUCUCAGCAUAAACAUGGGCAAUCCUUCAGAACAGUUGAUGAUAGAUGAGGAAACAGAAGUCGGGGAAAACACACCAACAUUUGAUCCCCAUGAUUUUGUUUCUUCAGGCAAUGGGAGGAUUACUUUUGAUGCACAAUCACAACGCACAUUUGACAUUCAUGAUUUAGUUUCUUCAGGAAACAGUAAGGUUACCCUUGAUGAAAAUACGUAUGUUUUUGUUUCCCCAGACAAUGAGAGAAUCAUUGUGAAUGAACAAUCACAGCACACAUUUGACCCUCAUGAUUUUGCCUCUUCAGGAAAUGGGAGAAUCUCCUUCAAUGAACAGUCACAAUACACAUUUGAUCCUCAUGAUUUAGUUUCUUCAGGAAUUGGAAGGAUCACCUUCAAUGAACAAUCUCAACACACAUUUGACCCUCACGAUUUAGUUUCUUCAGGAAAUGGAAGAAUCACCUUCAAUGAACAAUGUCAACACACAUUUGACCCUCAUGAUUUAAUUUCUUCAGGAAACGGAAGGAUCACCUUCAAUGAACAAUGUCAACACACAUUUGACCCUCACGAUUUAGUUUCUUCAGGCAAUGGGAGGAUCACCUUCAAUGAACAAUCUCAACACACAUUUGACCCUCACGAUUUAGUUUCUUCAGGCAAUGGGAGGAUCACUUUUGAUGCACAAUCACAACACACAUUUGACCCUCAUGAUUUAGUUUCUUCAGGGAAUGGGAGGAUAACCUUCAGCGAACAGUCACAACACACAUUUGACCCUCACCAUUUAGUUUCUUCAGGAAAUGGGAGAAUCACCUUCAAUGAACAAUCACAACACACAUUUGACUCUCAUGAUUUAGUUUCUUCAGGAAACGGAAGGAUCACCUUCAAUGAACAAUCUAAACACACAUUUGACCCUCAUGAUUUAGUUUCUUCAGGAAACGGAAGAAUCACCUUCAAUGAACAAUGUCAACACACAUUUGACCCUCACGAUUUAGUUUCUUCAGGCAAUGGGAGGAUCACCUUCAAUGAACAAUCUCAACCCACAUUUGACCCUCACGAUUUAGUUUCUUCAGGAAACGAAAGAAUCACCUUCAAUGAACAAUCUCAACCCACAUUUGACCCUCACGAUUUAGUUUCUUCAGGAAACGGAAGAAUCACCUUCAAUGAACAAUGUCAACACACAUUUGACCCUCACGAUUUAGUUUCUUCAGGCAAUGGGAGGAUCACCUUCAAUGAACAAUCUCAACCCACAUUUGACCCUCACGAUUUAGUUUCUUCAGGAAACGAAAGAAUCACCUUCAAUGAACAAUCUCAACCCACAUUUGACCCUCACGAUUUAGUUUCUUCAGGAAACGAAAGAAUCACCUUCAAUGAACAAUGUCAACACACAUUUGACCCUCAUGAUUUAGUUUCUUCAGGAAAUGGGAGGAUAACCUUCAGCGAACAGUCACAACACACAUUUGACCCUCACGAUUUAGUUUCUUCAGGAAAUGGGAGAAUCACCUUCAAUGAACAAUCACAAAAUAGAUUUGAUCCUAGUGAUUUUGUUUCCUCAGGAACUGGAAGGAUUAGCUUUGAUGAACAAUCACAGCACACAUUCGAUCCUCAUGACUUUGUUUCCUCAAACAAUGAGAAAAUUAACUUUGAUGAAAAUAUGCAGCAGACAUUUAAUCAUAAUGUUUUUGUGUCCUCAGACAAUGGGGGGAUCACUGUCAAUGAACAAUCACAGCACACAUUUGACCCUCGUGAUUUAGUUUCUUCGGGAGAUGGGAGAAUCACCUUCAAUGAACAAUCACAACACACAUUUGACCCUCAUGAUUUAGUUUCUUCGGGAGAUGGGAGAAUCACCUUCAAUGAACAAUCACAGUACACAUUCGAUCCUCAUGAUUUAGUUUCUUCAGGAAAUGGGAGGAUUACUUUUGAUGAAAAUACACAGCAGAUAUUUGAUCCUAAUGUUUUUGUGUCCUCUGACAAUGGGAGAAUUCCCCUCAGUGAACAAUCACAACACACGUUUGAUCCUCAUGAUUUUGUGUCUUCUGACAAUGAGAGAAUUCUCUUUGGUGAACAACCACAACACAUAUCUGAUCCUCCCAAUUAUGUUUCCUCAGACAAUUGGAGGAUUACCAUCAAUGAAAAAAUUAAUUCUGAUUCCACAGACACUGGCAUAGAGGAGAAAAGUAUGUCUCAAAAUACUACAUGCCAGACUAAGCCCGAUGAAUUUGCAGAAAGAGUUUGUGAAAGUAGUUCACAAACCGAUGUUGGAGAUACUCUCAAUGAAUGCCUUGAUAUUCCAGCUUCUGUAGAGAUGACAAUACUUUCCACAUUAACUUCUGUGAAAAACACAUAUGUUGGAUCAUUAACCACGAUGUGUCACUCUGAGUCUGCAGUGACGCCUAUCUCUCAGACACAAGAACCCUAUGAUGCUGAGUCAGUGUGCAGUGAAUCAAAAACUGUCAACUUGGUAGAGGGUGAACAUGAGGGAGACUAUGUACCAGAUGCACAAGUGGAGAACAGGGUGGGUUUAGAUGUCACCUCUGGGGGACAUCAUGACAUGGGUGGUGCUCUCAGUAAGGGCCUGCAGGACAGAACAAUACAGAAACAGCUUGAUCUACAGGCAGAUGAAAGGGGAAAUGUUGAAGUAGGUGAGGAGGAGUCUGUAUCUUUUUUAAAACAGAUACUGUCAGAUGGACCCGGGAUCUCAAAUAUUACUUUUCCUUCAAUAGAAGAGCAGCACCUCUUAAAAUCAGACUGCACUGUUAGUACUUGUGAGUCUUUGCAGUCUCGAUUAUUCACUGAUGCUGUUAAGAUCCUUAACGUAGACGUCAAAGCAGACUUGUUCCCAGAAGAAAAAGGCAACCAAUCCAUCUCUGUUGAUCAAAAUGUGGAUUUAAUUAGUAUAAAUGAAACUGAGAACACACAGGGGUCGACUGAAAGUAAGGUCACAGACAUUGUGCUGGAGGAGGAUGUUGAAGAGAAUGUUAGCACAUUAGAUUGUGUGACUAGAGGAAAUGGAGACGAGAGGAGUCAUUAUCUGCAAACCCUCCCUCCAUCUGUUUCUCCAGUGAGCUCACCCUCCACAUGGAAUCAGGAAACUAUGACGUGUAUCAGUCCUACAGACAAAUCGCCUUUACUGGCUGAAGACACUGACUCACUGGUCUUAAUCAAUUCCGACCUGGCAGAUAGAGCUACUGCAUCUGUUGAGAUAGAAAGUGCUACUCUAGCUACCCAGUCACGUCCAUCUACACUUAUCGACAAAACCUCCAACAACAACAACCCCGAUCCAGAAAGCCACUCUUAUCAUUCUAAUAAACCGGACAGCCCAUCUAUUCAUAUUGAUUCUUGCUUUACUGGAUACAAUUCCCCACUGGGUAAAGAGACAUUAAGAGAGAGUGAGUUAGAUGAGUCUUCUCCAAAUCACAAUGGAUUGUCUGAGGAAAGUAGAUGGAACAAUGACACAAAUGCUGUUCAGUCACCUGUUAACAAUGAGCAAAAUCGAAGUAUGUAUUACUCAUCAUCGGGGGAUUUGGUUGAAAGUGCAAUUACCUCAGUUUCUAGGGGUGACCAUAGCAACGACAAAAACAUUGCAGAUGAUGGCAGUCGAAUCACAUUACCUCAGUACACAGUGCUUCACUCUGAAAGUGAUUUUAGUGUUGGUUCUGAGCCCACGUUCUCUGAAAAUGGUGUGAGAUCUCAACAACAGAACUCCUCUCAGUUAGCUGUUGUUGUUUCCAGUGAAAUAACUGCAUCAAAUUUGAGCAAUCAUGAAGUUUCUUGUGACACACUUCUAACUGCUAAACAUCCAUUGGACUCAAAGCACAGUGGUUCAGAUGAGGCUGAGUUACACUUUGAGAGUUUUUCCCUAGAGAGACAACAUGAGGACCUUAUUAGCUGUUCUGAGCAGAUCUCAGUGUCAAGAAGUGAGACAGAAAAUGAAGAAAUUGAGGCAACUGUGUGCUGUUUACAUCUACCUUCUGCAUCAUCAGACAUCAUCUCAGGACCGUCUGAAACUAGCAUAAGAGAAAUGUCAGGAUCUGUUAUUCUACCAGAAGGGAAUGGAUUAGAAGUAAAAACUUCAGAAAAUCCACAGAAAGUGACUGAUGACUUGACACUCUCAGCUUCAUCGAUGUUUUCUAAUGCUGAGAGUACAUGUGGAGAUCACCUGGAGGGAAUGCUUAAAACAGACACUAAUGUUGGUGAAACUAAAGUCACUGACAGCAAUAUCAUCAGUAAUCCGGAUAGUCAAGAACCGAUCCUAGACGAUGGAGAGAUUUAUGAGGGAGACACAGCUCAUGAACUUGUAGAACGCAGUGAACCAGGUCUUCUCAUGGAUUUGCCAAAGCAAAAUACCUCUAGCUUGAACAACAGUGAACACAAAAAUCCAGUAUUAAUACAGCACAAAGUCUGUGAGAAGACAGAAGAGCCAGAUGACCCAAAUAUACAGCUGCAAACACUGCAACAUCUCAAGACGGUGUCCUUAAGCCAGGAACUUUCAGUGCGUCAGGAAGUGAUGGACACUCUUAGCGGUGCUCUGGGAGGUGAAUCUCAGGAAGAUCAGCAGGAGCACAAAGAGGCAGAGGAUGAGGGCUCAGCAGAAGAAAACCUGGAUCUCAGUCACAAACCAUCUCAGUUGUCUACUGACUCAGAUGCCUGCAAAGUUGUGGAGAUCAGAAAUAAGCUGGUUUCCAUCCAGGAUUUCUUAGAGUGUGUUGGGAAACUCCAGGAUCACGCUGACAUUUUAGAUGAUGUGAGAAAAGACCUUUUAAUCCACACACCCACUGGAAAAAACAUGGAAGAGCUGCAGCUCCAAAUCGAGGAAUGUCAGUCUCUAGAGUCCCAACUGUCUAAAUUGGCUGGUGGUCUGGCAGUUGAUGUGGAAAAAGCAAAAUGGCUCCUAAAUUCUGCUCAUGAUGACAUCCCCAUACAAAUCCACCAAGAUCUGGCCUCAAUGUAUCUGCAAUUAGAGCCAAAUUUCACCACUGUUUCCCAACAGUGUGCUGAAAAGAAUCACUCAUUAAUUCAAGCAAUGGAAACACAGAAGGGUCAUUUGGAAUCGAUGUACCAGAAACACCUCAGUGAUCUUGAGGAACUUGCUGGCCUCAUCCAAAAUGAAUCUGAGAUUCAGGGCAUGGAUUUGAACUCAUGUGAUGUGGACAUGCUGAAACAUUGUAUCCAGCAGAACAAGGAUACAGAAAGCAACUUUCUAAAUGAAGCUAGAUACAAUUUGGAGGAUGUCACGUUUGAUAUCCAGAGCUUUAUUUCUGAGCACGCUCAGUUCUUGAGUGCCACUCAGAGCAGCUCACUUCUGAAGUUCCUCAGCACCACUCAGCGAGCUCUGCGGGACCAAACUGAGAAACUUGUUACACGGAGGACAACCUUAGAGGUCCUACUGGACAAAAGAGAGCAGGAAAACCAUGUGAAGUCUUUAUUGGAGAAGCACAAGGAGUUCACAGAGAAAUUAGAGGAAAUGUGUGAUAAUCUCACCUUGACUGAAAACCGCCUGAUUGGUCAUCAGCAACAGACUGAAAGCGCUGAGAGCGUCACAGAUCUGCAGCAGUACCAGCAUGAGCAUCAGGCUCUACAAAAAGACGUACUGACAGAUGCCAGUGCCUUGAAUGAGGUCAUCGCCAGUACUAAAAAUUUUCUGGAAGAAAACCGGAACAAGUUGAUGCCAGAUCAAAUCGCCGUCAUUGAAAGCAAGUUGGAAGAGGCUAAAAGCAAAGCCAAGCUCAUCAACCAGCGGGCUGAGGAGUCCAGAAAAGAUCUGGAGAAGGUUGUUACCACAGCCAUAAAACAGGAGAGUGAAAAGGCAGCAGCUGUUGAGCGACUUGAAGAAAGUAAGAACAAAAUCGAAGGUCUUCUAGACUGGAUAUCUAACAUUGGCAGUGAAAAAGAGAGCAGCUUGAAUCAAAGUGACCCUUUAAGCAACGAGAAUGGAAACCUGCCAGAGCAAACCUCCACUAAGGGACUGAUAGGCGAGAAUGACGAUGCCAACGGAAAUGCUUUGGAGACCACUGAAAAUGAUUCUGGCAGAGAGACCCAAGGCAAUAAGAACGCCUCCAUGGACCUCAAUAAGCAGUAUGACAGGGUCAAGGCUCAUCAUCAGGAGAUUCUGUCCCAGCAACAGGAUCUAAUCAUGGCCACCCAGUCUGCUCAGGCUCUGCUCGAGAGGCAAGCCAACGUUCUGUCCCCAGAGGAGAAGGACAAACUGCAGAAGAACAUCCAGGAACUGAAGGGACGCUACGAGGCCUCGCUGACACAGGCUGAGCAGCAGAUGAAGCAUGUGCAGUGUGUGCAGGAGGAGCUGAAGAAGUUCCAGGAUGACUGUGAGGAGUUUGAGGGCUGGUUGAAUCAGUCCGAGGGAGAGAUUCAGGGACUGGGUGCUCCUGCAGCCUCCCUCAAUAUCCUCAGUGACAAACUGCAGCGACAGAAGAGCUUUUCAGAAGAUGUGAUUUCCCACAAAGGGGACCUUCGCUUCAUCACCAUUUCAGGACAGAAAGUACUGGACGUGGCUAAAGCCUGUGGAAUGGGUGACCCUGCAGCUAAAAACCCACUGUUGGACGUGGACACUUCAGGAACAUGUUCCACUGUCAAGGAUAAACUGGACUCAGCAGCAAGUCGAUACAAAGCACUUCAUUCACAGUGCAAUCAACUUGGCAACAACCUCAAAGACGUGGUUGACAAGUACAAGAAAUACGACGACUCCAGCGCUGGUCUUUUGAAGUGGCUUAACAUUUCAGAGGAGGAGGCGAGGAAGCAGCAAUCAGAUGCCAUAGCAGCCGAACCUCAAACACUACAGAAACAGCUAGAAGAGACCAAGGCCCUGCAAGGACAAAUGACAGGACAUCAGACUUCUGUUGACACACUACGCAAAAUAGCGGAGUCUUUGAUAACAUCGGAAGGAGAUCUGCUGAGCAACCCGGAGGAAAUCCAGGAGACAGUAGAUGACAUAACGGAGCGCUACGACAACCUGUCUAAGUCUGUCAGUGAUCGAAAUGAGAAACUGCAGAUCACUCUGACUCGCUCCAUGAGUGUCCAGGACGGUUUGGAUGAAAUGAUGGCAUGGAUGGAGGGAGUGGAGGCCAGUGUCAAAGAGAAGGAACAAAUUCCCCUGGACUCUGCAUCUAUUGGAGAUAUCCUCAGCAAAGAAGCGGCAUUAGAGCAGGACAUAGCAAGUCGGCAGAGCAGCAUCACAGCCAUGAAAGCCAAGUUGAAGAAGUUUGUGGAGACCGCAGACCCGUCCGCCGCCGUGCUCCUGCAGUCAAAAAUGGAUGCUCUCUCUCAGCGCUUCUCCGAUGCUUGUUCCACGCACAAGCAAAAGGUUUCCCAACUGGAGCAGCUGAAAGAAAAAGUGGGACAGUUUGAGACGGUUGCAGAUAAAGUUCAGGAGUUUGUUGUGAAGCGUUUACAAGAUCUGCAUGAGACGGACGGUCCAGGAAAAACGUUCAAUGAGCUGUCUCAACUAAUGCAGAGUACUAAAGCUGAGAUGGCUGAACAUGCCAGUGAUUUGGUGAAGCUGCAGACACUCUCCAAAGAACUCACUGAAAUAAGUCCUGAUGGUAACAAAGCCCAGAUCCAGAGCAAGAUGGACAACAUCUCAAACAUUUUCACCACCUUUAAAGACACUGUCCAAGAAAAAGAGCAUGAGGUAUCAUCCUGCCAGGACCAGUUGGGAGAGUUCAGAUCUGCAGCCAGUGUGCUCACCAAGUGGCUAGAGGAAACAAACGAGAGAGUACCUGCUGUUCAGCCAAGCGGCAACGAGAAAAGUCUGGAGAAGGAGCUGCAGACAGUCACUGAGCUUUUAGAUGAAUGGACAUCCAAAGACCCUGAUGUCCAAGACCUGAACAGUAAAGGAUCGGCUCUGUGUAGCCUCAUCACUUCCCUCACAUCUCCUGCCAAAACAAAGACAACCAACAAGUCAGCUAUUACUAACGGUGGUUGUCCGGUGAGCCAUUCCUACCUAACUAAUAAAGAGCUGAUGGGAAUUCAGCAGAACAUGUCAUUCGUCAACGAGGGAUACGCAAGCCUAGGGGAAGUGCUAAAGAGUCGAGCGACAGAGCUGAGUAGCUCGGUGCGCGAUGUAAAAGAAGCCCAAAAGGACACGGAGGACAUGAUGACAUGGCUGAAGGACAUGAAGACGACUGCAGCAUCGUGGAACAAUGCAGCCACAGAGAGAGAUUCAGUCAAGACACAGCUUGAGCAGCAGAAGGCAUUUGAAGGCGACAUGAAACAGAGGGAGGAGCAGCUCCAGAAGCUCAGAGAGAAGCUCCUCAACUUGAUUAAGACUCAUCCAAACUCCCCGGAGGCAGCAAAGUGGAAGCAGAUGUUGGCAGAAAUAGAUGCUGGCUGGACAGAUAUCAGCGGCUCUGUAGAGCAGAGGAAGCAGCACCUGGAGCAGUCCAACAAGAAUUUGGACAUCUUCCAAACAGCUGAGCUGCAGCUCAGUCAGUGGCUCUCAGAGAAGGAGCUGAUGAUGAGUGUCCUUGGGCCCCUUUCUAUUGACCUGAACAUGCUUAAGAUGCAGAAGCAGCAAGUUCAGAUUCUCCAGAAUGAAUUUAAGAGCCGUAAACCUCAAUAUGAGCAACUUGAGGAAGCAGCCUCUGCCAUCCUGAGUACCUCGGGCAACCAGGACCCUUCUAAUGGAAAACAGGUGAGGGAGCAGCUUGUUGUCAUCACCCAAAAGUGGCAAGGCCUCACAGAGCAGCUGGACCAGAGAGACAGCCUCAUCGACCAGGCUGUGGUGAAGACUGGACAGUUUCAGGAGUUACUGAAGACUCUGAGUCACUCUGCCACUCAGCUGGAGAGUCAGCUCACCAACCAUCAAGGCCACAGCACCCAGCCUGAUGCUGUGAAGAAGCAGCUGGAGGACGUCCACAACAUCUCUGCUCAGCUGAGAGAGGAAAGGAAAAAUCUGAAGGAGGCUGAGGCCAUCAACGCAGAGCUCACAGCGAUGGUGACAGAGGAUUAUCUAAAAGCAGACUUGGCCAGGCAGCUGGACAGCAUCAGCAAGCCUUUCAAACAGCUGGAGGAGAAAGCAGCAAAACGGAUCGAGCAGCUGAACUCGACCUUUGCCAGCUCUCAGCAGUUCCAUCAGACCUCCAAAGACUUCCAGUCAUGGCUCGGUGAGAAGCUCCAGGACCAGUCUAAGCCCCAGGCCAUCUCUGCCAAAGUGGACGUUCUGCAACAAUCGCUGGAUGAGCACAGUAAACUCCAGAGGGCACUCAGCGAACAUGAAGAGAUUUAUAACACAAUUGUUGGGGAAGGGGACAUGCUUCUGCAAAAUACCGAUGGUGCAGAGAAGUUGGCACUUCAAGGGCAGCUUACCACCCUCCUUUCUAACUGGGAGGAGGUAAAAAGAAGCUCUGCUGAACAGGGUGACAAACUGCAAACUGCUCUACAGAAAUCUCUGAAGUAUCAGGAGCAUGCAGAGAAUCUGAGCUCAUGGAUUCAGGAGUGUGAAGCUAGUAAGGGCAGAGUCAAACUCACCACUGACCCCGUGGCUGCCGAGAGCUCCAUUUCUCAAGUUAAAGCUCUGCAGAAGGAUGUUGACAAGCACAGGAGGAUGGUGGAGCAACUAGACACGGCUGCAGAAAGCCUUCUGGAGGUGGCUACUGUAGACACACAACCUAUAAAAGAGGAAAAGGCUACUCUUGGCAAAAGAGUGGACAGUUUAGUCGAGGAUCUGCAGAGCAAGAGGGAGUCUCUGGAGAAGAUUUCACACACAGUUAAAGAAUUUAAUGAUGCCUACAGAGAAGCGAAGGGCCAGCUCGAGGGAGCUAAGAAGCACAUGGAUUCCUAUGAAUCACAGGGAGUUCAGGGUCACAGCAACAAGAACUUGACCAACAUGAAAGCUCAGCAAAAAAGUUUAGAGGGAGUGCAGAACCAAGUAGAGCACAUGAAGAGCUUGGCCAAGGACCUUGUAGUAAAUAUCCCAGACGCUGAUGGUGUGACCGAUCUCUUACUGCAGGCUGACAGUAUCGAAAAAGACUACAGUAACUUAAAUGAGAAACUAGAUGAGACAUGCCAAGUGUUGGAGGGUAAACUGCAGGGUAUUGGACAGUUCCAAAUCAGCAUUCGUGAGAUGUACACCCAGUUCACAGACCUCGAUGAUGAGCUGGACAGCAUGGCUCCUGUGGAUCUUGACCUGGCCCCUCUGAAAGAGCAGCAGGUGUCCAUCCAAAGCUUUGUGUCCAAGCUGCAGGAGCUGAUGGCCAACACAGCCAAUGCCGGAGACAGCUGCAAAAAGAUGCUUGAAACUGAAACCUCGCCUGACCUGUUAGGCCUGAAGAGAGAUCUGGAUGCUCUGAGUAAGCAAUGUGGGAAACUGCUAGACAGAGGCAAAGGCAGAGAGAUGCAGGUGCAAAGUACACUCACCAAGCUGGAGGAGCUGUACGACAAACUCCACCAAAUGGAAAAGAAACUUUGCACGGCUGUGGAGAAGGAGGCAACCCAGGAGGCAGUUGGCAUGGAGACAGACGUCAUCAACCACCAGCUGGAGGCCUUUAAGGCAUUCCAGAAAGAGCACAUUGAUGCUUUGCAGACACAGCUUCAAGACAUCAACUCCCUCAGUCAGGGCCUGAUCCAAACCGCUGCCAAAGGCACCAGCACCAAGAAGCUUGAGGAUGACCUGGAGGGCGUCAACACAAAGUGGAAUACUCUUAAUAAAAAGAUUGCUGAACGUUCAGCCCAACUGCAUGAAGCCCUGUUGCAUUGUGGGAGGUUCCAGGAUGCUCUGGAGUCCUUGCUCAGCUGGUUGACCGAUACAGAAGAGCUCGUGGCCAAUCAAAAACCGCCUUCUGCAGAGUUCAAAGUGGUGAAGGCACAGAUUCAAGAGCAGAAACUCUUACAGAGACUGUUGGAUGACCGAAAGCCGACAGUGGAGCUCAUAAAAAAAGAGGGAGGGAAGGUCGCGGAGCUGGCAGACUCUGUGGAUAAGGAGAAGGUUGCUAAAGAGAUUGAAUGCCUUGGGCAGAGGUGGGACGCUCUUCUCAAGAAAGCUGGAAACAGGCAAAAGCAACUAGAGAGCAUCCUGGUGGUCACCCAGCAGUUCCAUGAGACUCUUGAGCCCCUGAGCGAGUGGCUCGCUGUCACAGAGAAGCACUUGGCAAAUUCUGAGCCCAUCGGCACGGAGACAUCAAAGCUGAAAGAUCAGAUCUCUCAGCACAAGGCCUUAGAGGAGGAGAUUAUGAAUCACAGUAAAGACCUGUUGCAGGCGGUCAGUGUGGGUCAGAUGCUCAAAUCUGUGAGCUCAGUGGAUGAUAAGGAGUUUGUUCAGUCUAAACUGGAUUCCACCCAGGCCAGUUACAUAGAGCUCCAGGAGCGAUGCAGAAGGAAAGCUGAGAUGCUGCAGCAGGCUCUGGCAAACGCCCAGCUGUUUGGAGAAGAUGAAGUGGCUCUAAUGAACUGGCUCCACGAGGUGCACACCAGACUGGGUGAAGUGUCCGUGGAGGACUACAAAGCAGAGGUUCUUGAAAAGCAGCUGGCAGAACAACGGGAACUUCAAAGUGAUAUUGUAUUGAGGAAGAAGAAUGUUGACCAAGCCAUCUCCAAUGGGAUGGAGCUACUGAAGCAAACAACAGGCGACGAGGUGGUUGUUAUCCAAGGUAAACUGGAUGGUAUAAAAAGCAAAUAUGCCGAGAUCAGCUCCAUGAGUGACGGCGUUUUGAAGACACUGGAACGUGUUUCGAGUCUCUCAUCUAAGCUGCAACACACUCAUGAGGACCUGAACUCCUGGCUGGAGAAAGUGGAGGCUGAGAUCAGUGCUUUUGCUGCUCAGGAGCCAGUGGGAGAGCAGCUUGUCCAUGCACAAGACAGACAAAAUGCCUUGCUAAAGGAAACCAAAGACCACAAAUCUAUGAUGGACAAGCUGAAUGAGCUGAGCGGCUCCCUCCUGGAUCUGAUCCCCUGGCACACUCGUGAGGGUCUGGACAAGCUGGUAACUGAGGAUAACGGGCGGUACAGAGCCGUGCGUGACACCAUCACCCAGCAGGUUGACCAGAUCAAUGCUGACAUUCUCAAGUCACAGCAGUUUGAACAGGCAGCAGAUACUGAACUCUCCUGGCUCUCUGAAGCUGAGAGGAAGCUGCUGUCAAUGGGUGAGAUCAGACUGGAGCAAGAUCAAAACUCAGCUCAGCUCCAAGCACAGAAGAUUUUCUCCAUGGACAUCAUGAGGCACAAAGAUGCUGUGGAUGAGAUCGUGAAAACAGGAAAGGCCAUCAUGAGCAGCAAAAAAACAGAGGAGAAAGACAUUUUGGAGGCCAAGACCGAGACUCUUUUGGAGAAGUACAGUGUCGUGAGUCAGCUGAACUCGGAGCGUUGUCUCCAGCUGGAGCGAACCCAGUCACUGGCCAGUCAGUUCUGGGAGACCUAUGAGGAGAUGUGGCCAUGGCUUCAGGAAACCAUGACCACCUUCAGCCAGCUGCCCACUCCUGCCAUCGAGUAUGACACACUCAGGCAGCAGCAGGAGGAACUCAGGCAAAUGAGGGAGCUGAUUGCUGAGCACAAGCCCCACAUUGACAAGAUGAAUAAGACCGGGCCUCAGCUGCUGGAACUGAGCCCAGUGGAGGGAGUGCCCAUCAGAGAGAAGUACACAGCUUCUGACCAACUUUACACCAACCUGAAGGCCGACGUCAAGCAGAGAGCGGCCACACUAGACGAAGCCAUCUCCAAAUCCACUCAGUUCCAUGAUAAAAUUGACCCCAUGCUGGAGUCACUGGAACGCAUCGCUGAACGCCUGCGCCAGCCUCCGUCCAUCUCAGUGGAGGUGGACAAGAUUAAGGAGCAGAUUAGUGAAAACAAGGCCGUCUACAUGGAUUUGGAGAAACUGCAGCCUUCUUAUGAAACACUGCGGCAGCGAGGCGGGGAGAUGAUUGCGCGGUCAGAAGGGGCAGACAAGGACAUGUCUGCCAAAGCCGUACAAGACAAAAUGGACCAGAUGGUGGUUCUGUGGAACGACAUCCACACCUUGCUGGAGGAGCGCGAGUCGAAGCUGCUGGAUGUGAUGGACUUGGCAGACAAGUUCUGGUGCGACCACAGUGCUCUCAUCAUUACCAUCAAAGACAGCGAGGACCUGCUGAGGGAGCUGGAGGAGCCCGGAGUCGAUCCUUCGGUCGUCAAACAGCAGCAGGAGUUUGUGGAGGGAUUUAAGGAGGAGAUUGACGGGCUGCAGGAAGAGCUUGAUGUGGUUCAAAACCAAGGGGCGGAGCUUAUGACUGCCUGUGGAGAGCCUGAUAAACCCGUGAUAAAGAAAAGUCUUGAUGAGGUGAAUUCAGCAUGGGAACAUCUCAAUAAGACCUGGAAGGAGAGAGGAGAGCAGCUGGAAGAAGCCAUGCAGGCUGCUGUGCAGUUUCAAGAUGGCCUGCAGGGAAUGUUUGACUGGGUGGAUAUUAUGGAGAGCAAACUGGAUUCAAUGUCACCUGUAGGCACAGACCUGGAAACGGUGAAGCAGCAGAUUGUAGAACUCAAGGAGUACAAAGGAGAGGCGUACCAGCUGCAAAUUGAGAUGGAACGCCUCAACCACCAGGCAGGUCUCCUGCUGAAGAAGGUGACGGAGGAGGCCGAUCGUUGCGCCAUCCAGGAGCCAAUGUCUGAGCUCAAGAUGCUCUGGAACAACCUGGACGAGAAGAUCAUCAGUCGACAGCACAAACUGGAGGGAGGCCUUCUGGCUCUGGGCCAGUUCCAGCAUGCACUGGACGAGCUGCUGGCAUGGAUGAGCCACACUGAGGAGCUGCUCAAUGAACAGAGGAAGGCUGGAGGAGACCCCAAAGCUAUCGAGAUAGAGCUCGCCAAACACCAUGUUCUUCAGAUUGACGUGUUGGCUCAUAAAACGACAGUAGAGACCGUGAACAAAGCUGGUAAUGAUCUGGUGGAGUCCAGCGCCGGCGAGGAAGCCUCUAGUCUGCAGACUAAACUGGAGAACCUGAAUCAGCAGUGGAAAGCCAUCCAGGAGAAGACAGAGCAGAGGAAGCAACAGCUGGAGAGUGCUCUGCUUCAGGCCCAAGGUUUCCAUGGUGAGAUAGAAGAUAUGCAGCAAUGGCUGAAAGACACAGAACGUCAGCUGUUGGCAUCAAAGGCUGUGGGAGGCUUACCAGACACGGCCCGGGAGCAGCUUAACGUCCAUCUGGAGUUGUGUUCUGCCUUGGAGGUGAAGGAGGAGCUGUAUCAGGAGCUGUUGAACAAAGGUCACCAGCUGCUCAUGAUGACGCCCGAGGGUCCCGAUAGCAACCUGGAGCAGGACCUCGCGAACCUGAAGGAGAAAUGGGAAGCGGUGCAGGGGAAGGUCACUGACAGAAAGGUGAAACUGGAAGAAGCGUUGACGGUGGCCACAGAUUUCCACAACUCUCUGCAGGACUUUAUCAACUGGCUCACCCAAGCCGAGCAGACGCUCAACAUGGUUUCGCCCGCUUCUCUCAUUCUGGAGACCAUCAUGUUUCAGAUUGAUGAGCAUAAGAUAUUUGUGACUGAGGUGAACUCCCACAGAGACCACAUCAUCGAGCUGGACAAGACAGGCACACAUUUGAAGUACUUCAGCCAGAAACAGGAUGUCGUGCUGAUCAAGAACUUGCUGCUCAGCGUGCAAGGCCGCUGGGAGAAGCUGGUGCAGCGGUCUGUUGAGCGAGGUCGACUGCUGGACGACAGCAGGAAGAGAGCCAAACAGUUCCAUGAAACUUGGAAUAAACUGAUGGAGUGGUUGGAUGAAUCUGAGAAGACUCUGGACUCAGAAGUGGAAAUUGCUAAUGAGCCAGACAAGAUCAAGAUGCAGCUGACGCAGCACAAGGAGUUCCAGAAAUCACUGGGGAGCAAACACUCUGUGUACGACACCACCUCUCGAACAGGACGGGCCCUGAAAGACAAGACAUCUCUUCAGGAUGAUAAUCAGAAGCUGGAUGACAUGCUGAGUGAACUGAGGGAUAAAUGGGACACAGUCUGUGGCAAAUCAAUCGAAAGACAAAACAAGCUGGAGGAGGCCUUGUUGUUCUCGGGCCAGUUUACUGUUGCUCUUCAGGCUCUCAUCGACUGGCUGUACAGAGUGGAACCUCAGCUGGCUGAGGACCAGCCCGUACAUGGAGACAUAGACCUGGUUCUCAACCUGAUAGACAACCACAAGGUUUUCCAGAAGGAGAUGGGAAAGAGGACGGUAAGCGUUCAGGCCCUCAAACGUUCAGCAAGAGAGUUGAUUGAGAGCAGUCACAAUGACUCGUCCUGGGUCAAAGUGCAGAUGCAGGAGCUGAGCACUCGCUGGGAGACAGUGUGCAACCUCUCAGUGUCCAAACAGGCUCGGCUGGAACAGGCCUUGUGUCAGGCUGAGGAGUUUCAUUCUACGGUUCACAUCCUGCUGGAAUGGCUGGCUGAGGCUGAGCAAAGUUUGCGUUUCCAUGGCAGCCUGCCUGAUGAUGAGGAGGCACUGCGGGCACUUAUUGAACAACACAAGGAGUUCAUGAAGAAACUGGAGGAAAAACGAGUGGCUCUGAGCAAAUCCCUCAGUAUGGGGGAGGCUAUUUUGACCAUCUGCCACCCAGACUCUAUCACAACCAUCAAACACUGGAACACCAUCAUUAAAGCCCGCUUUGAAGAGGUGCAGGCCUGGGCCCGGCAGCACCAGCAGCGUCUGACCACAGCCCUCAGUGAGAUGUUGACCACCCAGGAGCUGCUGGAGAAUCUGCUGACCUGGCUACAGUGGGCUGAGAGCAACCUCAAUGAUAAGGACAAGGAGGUGCUGCCGCAGGAGAUAGAAGAGAUCAAAAGUCUCAUAGCCGAACAUCAGGCUUUCAUGGAGGAAAUGACCAGGAAGCAACCAGAUGUUGACAAAAUCACUAAGACGCACAAACGGAAGACUGCUUUGGAACCCCAAAACCAGAAAACUCAGAUCCCAGUCCUUGACAAAGGAAGAACUGGAAGAAAACGUUCUCCCACACAAACAAUGUAUGCGUCAGCAACACAAGCUCCCAUUGAAACUAAGGACCCCCGGGUCAACCUGCUGGUCACUAAGUGGCAGCACGUUUGGCUGCUGGCUCUGGACAGGAGGAGGAAACUCAAUGAUGCCUUAGACAGACUGGAGGAGCUUAAGGAAUUUGCAAACUUUGACUUUGACGUGUGGCGGAAGCGCUACAUGCGCUGGAUGAACCAUAAGACGUCUCGCGUCAUGGACUUCUUCCGUCGCAUUGACAAAGAUCAAGACGGCAAAGUGACCCGACAGGAGUUCAUAGAGGGCAUCCUCUCCUCCAAAUUUCCCACCAGCCGUCUGGAGAUGAGCGCUGUGGCAGACAUUUUUGACAGAGACGGCGACGGAUACAUUGACUACUACGAGUUUGUAGCCGCUCUUCAUCCCAACAAAGAGGCCUACAAACCCCUGACUGAUGCAGACAAAAUCGAAGAUGAGGUGACGCGUCAAGUGGCAAAAUGCAAAUGUCCAAAGCGGUUCCAAGUGGAGCAAAUUGGUGCCAACAAAUACCGGUUCUACCUUGGAAACCAGUUUGGUCUGGUUCACUGCUUACAUGACUCCUUAAUCGGCGAUGAGACAAUAGCAAACAGGGAAAAUCAAAAUCUUACCCCCCACCUACACGUUGCAGUGUUGGAAAGCUGUAUUCUGUUCGGAGACUCUCAGCAGCUUCGCCUGGUGCGUAUUUUACGUAGCACGGUGAUGGUGCGGGUUGGCGGAGGCUGGAUGGCUCUGGAUGAGUUCCUGGUAAAGAACGACCCCUGUCGAGUUCAUCACCACGGGAGCAAAAUGUUGCGCUCGGAGUCAAACUCUUCCAUAACUCAGUCUCCUAUAGGUUGGCAAAUCUCUCACUUUCUCACCUCGCUCCAUGAACCCACCUGUGCCAAAGGCAGAACCAACCUGGAGCUGCGAGAGAAGUUCAUCCUCCCAGAAGGCACCACCCAGGUGAUGGCGAGCUUCCGCUAUCGAGGCCGGAGAUCCCGGCCGUCGUCUAGAGGAGCUUCUCCAAACAGGUCCACCUCCAGUCAGAGCUGCCCUUGCCCAGCAAACCCAGCAGCGACCAGUACACCCAAGACUCCCCAACAAAUAAGCCGCAAUUAUGAUAAGCCCUGGCUUACAAACAGCAAAACCUCCACUCCUCUUAAAUCAUCAGACUCCUUUGGGAGCCAAACUUCGUCCUCAGAGAUUACACCUGUCCAAGGCAGCAAAUUACGUCUUCCAGGUUAUUUGUCAGGUAAAGGAUUUCAAUCCAGCGAAGAGGGAACCUUGAUCAGUGCUGCCGUACUGAAAGCUCGAGCACAGACUCUAGGUGAGUCAAGAAAGAAUUCCAGCCGACCUGGAAGUAAAGCCGGAAGCAGAGGAAGCAGCCGCAGAGGCAGCGACGCCUCUGACUUUGACAUCUCGGACAUCCAGUCCGUGUGUUCGGACGUGUCCGAGACGGUCGGCGAGAGCAGCAGAGCGACGCCGCGCUCUGCUUCCCGCCAGCACGGAGGAAAACCCUCCAAGAUCCCCACUCCUCAAAGAAGAACCACUCCCACGAGCAAACUGGCCAAAGGAUCCAAGCGAUAGUCGGUGGCCUUGAAAACACAACCCAGAAACUAGAUGCACCCUAAAAACCUAAAGGACACUGGAGAUAUCUAACUUAAAAGACUGCAAAUGUGUUGAGUGUUAUUUAAAUUGUUUGCGAAGAUGUAAGAUAUUCUGUCGAGAGGCAAUGUGGUUUUAAUUUUAUGUGAGAAUGGAUAGUGUUUUUUCUUUCUUUUUUUAUGUAUUUUAUUUUUGUGAAAAAGAAAUGUCAAUUUGAUUUUGUUGUAUUUUAUUUUAUUGACGAUAAAAACCUGUAGAGGUUUGAAGAACACUAGAAAACCUGGGUAUGACUAUGUUGUACUGUUAACUUACAUUUCUACACACUAAUGAAGGACAACACGCAGGAUAGUGCUGAGAGUUACUGAAUAGACUGUAAUUAAUGUAUGCUGAUGUUUGGAGUAGAUGGUACAUUAUGGUACCAUUUCAGGCACUGCAGUUAACUAUUUAAGUGCUAUGAUCAUACUGCCAACAUGCAUUUAAAGGGCAAUGCAAUAUACUACAAAGAAAACCCCUGUAAGCACUGCAGAAACCUUUGAAAAAACACUAUUUAAAACAAGUAGCAGAAACCUCGUAAUCAUGAAGCUUUCAAGUCCUGUUUGUUUGUUUGUUUGUUUGUCAGCAGCUGCUCUCCUCGUUUCGUUUGAUCACUGCGCAGCAGCGCGUGCAGUGGCCUCGACGAGGUGCCACUUCACGUAGACGUUGUCGUGCACAUCUAUGUCAAUGUAUGUUUAAUUUCGGUAGAGCUGAAAUUGUUACUGUAACAUUACUUUGUAAUAAACCUGCUUGCAGAAAGCCACCAGGGAACUGGUGUGAACCACGCAA